UAGUAGGAUAAGGCGAAAAUUAUUUACGAAUCGGUUUCUAUCAUCAGCAAUCAUGUUGAUACGUCUAGGUUUUGCAAUAGUUCCAAACGUUUUAUUCUAUAGGGCAGCAAAUAUACUGCUUAUCGCCACAUUACCUUCACCCAGUCAUCAUAUAUGGAAAGGAGCAAUAAUCAAUAAGUUGGCUACACGUGGCCACAAUAUCACUGUGAUUUCACCAGAUAUCGACAAAAAUCCGCCACUCAGAGUACAUUACAUCCUCAUUGAAGAUCAAUACACCGAAGAACACCGUGGAUUUGUUAAGGAAAUGCUUGCAGCAAAUGAAGCAGUAAAUCCAAUAUUCGAAGUGUUGGGAAUCAUUGCACUUUGCAUUGAGUUCUGUCGAAUUCAAGUAAAGACAAAUGGAUUUAAAACAUUGCAAAACUAUCCGGAUAGUUUUAAAUUCGAUUUAAUCAUUCACGAUUACACAUUGGGCCCAUGAUUUUUACCAUUUGCACACAAAUUCAG